AUGAACGACCCUUCGCUGAAGAACUUCACCUUCACCUACAAGGUCCCCUUCGAGCCUGAGCAGUAUGGAGGUUACUACUCCUGGGCUGUCAACAAUAAUACAGUCGCUGGCAGCAACCUCACCGGUCCUAACAUGGAGCCCGGCUACAGCUACUUCCCUAAGGGUGCCAUCACGACCCACCCUUACUUCCUUGUCAACGAGGGUACUCCUAAGGCCAUCAACAAGACCAAGCUCUUCGGUGACCACACUAGUUCCCGUAACCACUCCCGUGACUUCUGCGGUGGCAGCGGAAAGGGUAAGCUCGGCGAGGGAAAAGUCAAGAAGAUCCUUCAUGUUAUCUUCGAGAACGAGGUCUACAGCUGGACCAUGGCCUCCUCUUACUGGCAGAUGCUAGCCACUAAGGGUAAGUCUCUGACGAACUUCCAUGCUAUCACCCACCCUUCCUUGCCAAACUACGCUGCGAUGGUUGCUGGUGACUUCUUCGGCCUAGCCAAUGAGGACUUCUACAACGUCAACGCCACAACCAUUUACGAUCUGCUUGACGUCAAGGGGGUGUCCUAUGCCACUUAUAACGAGUGGUACAACCCUAUUGAGACCCACCGUGGCCCUAAGGACUGCAACAACUACAUUACCAACGGUCCCUAUGACAACACCAACCCCAACUGGAGGUCGCCCACUUACCGCCGUCUGGAUGUUCCUGCUCUGCUCUUCAGCACUUACACCACCAACUACGAGCGCUGCGCCAAGCUCUACGAUGCUAACAACACCUUCACUGAACACGUUAUGGCCCACACCUUGCCUGAGUACUCGUACUACAUCCCCGAUAUGCUCCACAACGCCCACGACCCCGAGCCCAACAGUGUCUACAUUGACCAGCCCACCACCGGUGCCAUCUGGUUCAACUCGUGGCUCGACCUUCACCUGCCUGAGCUCGAGGCCCAGGGCACUCUCGUUGUUACCACCUUCGACGAGGCUACCUGGCAGACCGAUGACGACUACAGCCCCAACAACGACAACCACAUUGUGACCAUGCUGUUCGGCGCUGGUGUUACUCCUAGCACCACUGACGAGAGCUACAUCACCACCUACGGUCUCCUCCGUGGUGCUAUCCAGAACUUCGGUCUGGGUUCUCUCGGCCGUAACGACACCAACGCCACCAACGGAAACAUGUACGACAUGAUCAACUAA